ACUCCAGUUUGUUUCAUCCCAUUCUUCUGAUGUCGAGCCCUCACCAUUUUUAUAUUAGACGAAGUCUUGAUUCAUUCGCCAGUUUCUUCCGCCAUUCUUGUCAAUCCAAAAAUCUUAAAGCCAUUAAGAGGAUUCACGCCCAUUUGCUUAGAACCCGCUUCCAAUUUUUCUCCCCGAAUCUUCACUCUAAGCUUAUACUAUCCUACUCCCAAAUCAACCCCAAUUUUGAUGCGCAAAGCUUAAACAGCAUCUUCAAAUGCAUCAUCCCCAGAAGAUCUUUAAACUUCAACGUAAUAAUUUCUGACUUUUCUCGACAUGGGUUUCCAGAUUUUGCGUUAAUGGCGUUCUCUUUCAUGCAUUCUAAUGGGGUUCCUAUUGACACGUAUGCCCUCUGCAGCUCUUUGACUUCUUGUUCUCUUGUUCAGAAUGGGGUGUAUGGAAAACAGAUUCACGCAUUCGUGGGGAAAUCAGGUUGGUUAUGUAGUGUUUUUGUGGGGAGUGCGAUUGUUGAUAUGUAUGCAAAAAAUUCGUUGAUUAAUGAUGCAGUUGAAGUGUUUGAUGAAAUUCCUAUGAAGAAUACUGUGUGCGCAAAUGCACUGCUGGCUGGGUACGGCGAGGCUAGGAUGUGGGUUGAAGGACUUGAAUUGCUACGGGAGAUGCAGGCUCUGGAUUUGAAGUAUGACCAGUUCACUCUGUCUGCUUCUUUACGUGCAUGCGCUGGUUUAUCUGCAAUUGCACUGGGUAAGCAAGUGCAUGCUUAUCUACUGCGAACGGUUUAUGAUAUUACAUGUGAUGUUCAUCUGCAAAGUACAUUAAUUGAAAUGUAUGGGAAAAGUGGCAUGGUGGAAAAAGCAUGGAAUGUAUUCAAUUUCGCAGGACUUAGACAAAAAGAAGAUGGGAAAAGGGAUAUCAUAAUGUGGACUUCUAUGCUUAGUGUUUAUGGUAGAAACGGGUGUUACAAAAGAGUAAUUGAACUGUACAACCAGAUGUUGAUGGAAGGGAACAAACCAGAUAGAGUGGCUUUUGUGACGGUCAUUUCAGCUUGUGGUCAUACUGGUGAGGUGAAUCUUGGAGUCAAGUAUUUUGACUCCAUGCAGAGUGAUUUUGGGUUGGAACCUGGUCAAGAGCACUACAGUUGUUUGGUUGACUUGCUCUGUAGAGCUGGGGAAUUGGAAAAAGCAUGGAAGCUCGUAAAUGAUAUCAAAAGUUGGGAUUACAAUGUUUCCUUGUGGGGAGCUUUACUCCGUGCUUGUUUGGAACAGGGAAAUAUUAAGUUGGGUAAUUUGGCAGCUCAUAGGGCACUUGAAUUGGAUCCUCAGAAUGCUGGGAUAUUUGUUAUGCUAUCAAAUCUGUAUGCUGGUUUUGGAUUGUGGAAUGAGAUAGAGCGUUUAAGGGAAUUUGUGAGAAAGGAAGGGCUGUAUAAAGAUGUUGGAUGUAGCUGGAUAGAGAUCACAAGUUGAGAAUUACUCAAAUAACCUUAUGUAAUAGUUAAACUGCUCAAGUUGACCUUGAUUUACGAGGAAAUGGUUUAUUGUGAGGUGCUAUGAUGAUUGUUUCAUUGAGCCUAAGAGAGUAGCUAGCUUGUAUCAUAGUUAUCCAGCAUUACUACCCCAUUGUUAUGCUAAAUGACAUAAAGGCAGUUCUGAACUUUAGUGAGCAAAAUAAGAGGGUGAAAAUAGUUCUCAGAUUAUCCAUGAGGUCUAAGGAUUGCCCUCUACUUAGUUCAGUACUGUAUACCUCUCCCCACCGCUUACAUCAUCUCCUUUAUCUUUUUUAUAACUACCUUACUCGAGGUGUCCUCUUCUCUAAUUUACAAAGAUCCCUUGCCGGUCAUGUUAACUGACAAGUCAAACACAUUCCCUCCCUUCUCCCUCCUAAAAUUAGAAGAUGGUGUGAAAACAACAAAAGAUCAGUGCCAACAAAGAUUAUAUCCCAGGCCAGGUACAGGUACUCGUGAAUUUCUUUUCAGAUAAUUUUUACAGCUUGCAGCACUUGACACUAGGACAUAUUGGAUUUUUCCCUUUCAUUAAUAGUAGGUGUAUUUUUCCACGUUGAGAUCCUAUUGACAUGCACUCCUAACAAAUGUUUGUACCGAUUCAUUUGGACUGAGCAAAUGCCUGGUCCCUUCAGUCUAAUUCCCUUCUCAUCCAUUAGUAUCACUGCCAAAACCUUUCUGCGUCGAGCUGAAUUGCUCAUUGCAUCUAGAUGAUGUCUGCUUGAAAGAGCUUCACAUCAUUGUUGACAUUUUCCUUUGAACCAACAUUUGAAUCAUGCAUUUAUUUUUAGUUUCUCACUUGAUGCUCUUCUCGAUGUGGUAUGGUUUGUCUUCGAGGAAUAUGUAUUAACUCAUUUACUUCUUUAUAUUUUUUGCACCAUCGAUCAGACUCAAUUUCUCUCAGUUUUUUUCUGCUGACAGAGAGGAUAACACGAUGCAACUUGUCAUUGAAUAUAUUUUUCAUUUAAUGUUCUCUAUUCCACUAGUUCUCCAAAUGGCUGAAUAAAUCCGAUCGGCAAACUUUAAGUUCCACAUUCUGUAAUUGUUUAAUCUUUAGUUUCACUAGGAUUACAUUACAUGAUGUGAUGAGUAAUGCUUCUGACGUUCUAAAAGCUUUUUGAUCUAAUUUCUGAGAUGGCCUCCUCGUCAAAGCUAUGCUUUAUAAAUUCAAAUUGCUUUGCACAUUCUCAGCCUUAACGGGGGACUUCCCGUCCAAUGUCCCCAAGUUUCACUUCACAGAUGAAAGAAAGUAUUGGUCUAUUCGUUUUCCAUGGUGGUUUGAUGAGCCUGUUAACCAUUCACAUGUAAGUAAGGUUAAAGAAAUCGAGUGCUGAGGUACUAUUUUCGACUUGAUAGGUUUUGGGUUUCUCAUAGGUUAGGAAACCAUGGGAGAGAGACAUAAUUAUGUCCAGGCAUAGCGCCGUUAUUUCCUGCCUUGCCCAUCUUUCUCCUGAGACACUCGGCACUCUCUAUCCAGAGGAUGAUAGGCAUGCACAUAGACACAUAUUGGCAACAAAAUUUUAAGAAAUCAAUACAUGAAAUGAGAUGUCAAUGUUGACAGUUUUCAAGUUGUUUUGGCAGGACGUAUGUAUAAGUUGACAAGCCUGUGGUUAGUUUUUUUUUUUUCUUUUUUUUUGUUUAAAUAAAAGCCAAUGGUUACUUGGCAUUUAUAAUCAGAAAACACGAGUAUCCGCAUGCAUCUCAUGGAGAAACCAUGUGAGAAGCCAUCUAACCCCAUUGAGUGGAAAAUUGAAUUCAAAAUGCUCAACGUGUUGCAAUAUACAAGAACUUAAUUGUGCGUUAUUAAGGAAUAGUGAGUCACUUAACAAUCUAAUAGCGUCAAAGUAAUAGAGAAUUAUUGAAAUUGAGAUUGCUAGAACUAGAUUUCCAUUUGUCACUGGAAUUGGAUAAGAUUGGACAUCUUCUGUCUCUCACUCCUGAGUCCUCACAAGUGAUUCCUUCCUAAUGUUUCAGUGAAAUUUCUUGGGAUAUCAUCUUCAAGGUUAUGAAAAGGGUGAAAAUUUUCUAUUAGUAACAUGACUUUCUGUCAUGUGAAAUAAAGAAAGUAAGAAACAACGAGAAUACAUGACCUUCAAUUGUUGGUACUUUAAGUGUCCAUCUGUGUUAAGAAUUGAAAACCCUUUUAUAGAGCUUCAUUAAGAUUAUUUCCUACAGACUAGGAGCAACAUUAACCAUUAUGUUUCAUCAUUUAUUUAUUUAUGGUUUGAAAUCUUGCCGUACUUCCAAAUGAGCUGCCACGCUUUUCAAAUGUAGUGUAUCUUCGCAUGACCUUUGAGGUGUUAUUCUAAACUAAGUUGAGGAUGAAACCACGACUCACCUCCGACUCCCAGGUCGAUAACGAAUUGACGGCGAUCGUCCCUACGUUUCCGUUAGUUUAGCUAGUGUUUCAUGGAAUCACUUGGUGGUUAAAGCGUUGUUUGCACUAGGACGUUUGUGAUUGGCAUCUUGAUCUUAACUCUCUACCUUCCAUUGUAAAGGCAAGGACCACCCUGUUGUUAUUUCUGUGUUGCUUUCAUGGGUGUGAGUUGCUUGAUCUGGUGGACAAGAAACUCUAGGCUACCUUGUGGGUUCUAUAUGCUCUCAAAUGCUAUCUGCAAAUCGGUAGAUAAUGCAGCACUAGGAUGUCUUUCGUGUUAAUAGACUUUUUUGUCCUCCAAUUACAAAUUACUGGUGCAGCAAUAUUUAGUCCUUUUCCUUUAGGAUAGAGCUCCUUUCUAAAGAAUUUUGAUUUCUCCAGUUUACUCAUUUAGCAUUAAAGUUGGAGCUUACAUAGCUGGCUUUAGGAUGUUUGACUUUUUCACUUCUAGUUUUUUUUAGCCUUUUGGCUAUAUUAUAUACUUUUGUAGUUGAAGAUUCUCUAGCCUUUCCUUUUAAGAUUUUGACAUUUGGCUUUGUUAUAUAAACUUAUACUUUUUAGAGGCCCCUUUAUAUAUGUAUAUGAUUUAGUUCUUUUUCUAUUCCUUACCCAGCCAAGAUUAAAGGAUAGUGUCAUAAAUUGGGUUUUGAUCUUUCUUGUUUGGCUUGAACAAAGUUAGAAUCUUUUCCAUUCCUAAAUUUGGUGACUUUUUAUGAUCAUCAGAAAGAAGUGCUUUAGGUUCCCAGUGCAAUGUUAUUUUGAAUGAAAUUUUCAUGCUGCUGCUUCAUAGUCAGUUUUAAAUUAUUAGCCCUUUGCAAAAUUAUCAAGGCCAUAGACAACUCAAGCAUGGACUAGUAGUGUUCUGAAGGAAACUGACAUUUUCUAGGGAAAAUAAUGGAAGGUUGCAUCAUUCAUUCCAUCAUUCUAAUUCCAACAGUAUUAUGAAACUUAUCAAUUAAUCAAGCAGACAUGAAAUGUAAGCAUUGUUCAAUACAUUUAACUUGCAAAUAGAAACUUUAAUAGGGUACCUUUUGUUUGCUUGUCCAAAGUCCUAACUGCUAAGGUGGCUUUUCGUCGGCCAGAUUUAAAAGUAACGUUUGAAUGUUAUAAUAGAGUAUUUGUCUUAACCCUGCUUCUGUGAAGUGAUAUUAUUUUCAACUCAGUCAUUGCUAUGCGUUCUUCUUUCUGAAACAUACAGGCAUUGCAUAUUAUUUUUUUUUUUUCCAGAACAAAGUUCUUAGGAUGUUUCAGAAUACACAUGAUCAUUCACAAACCUUUCUCCAGUACAUGACAUUUAAUGGGGAUGGGACCCUACGGGCCCUGCUUUUGGUUUGGACCUGCAUGUGCAGUCAUGUUCAUUGUGACAUGAUUUUGUAUCAAUCUCGCCCUUGUUUCUCACAUUUGCUUACGAGGUAAAGCGUAAUCCUAUCCUCAAGUUUUAUAUUUGUUCCAUCAAUGUCUAAAUGGGUCCAAUUGUUCAAUUCCCAUCCCAAUCAAUCGUUCUUUCAUUAUGUAUAUCCUUCUAAUCCAGGUUUCUUAUACUCUAGACCCCCAUUAUCCUUGGUUAAUUUUUCAACUAACUCAACUGUAUACAUAUUGUGGUUUGAAUAUUGAGUUGCCGCAGAUCACAACUAAACUCCCAACCAGAAAACUAAGGCGGCGGCCUGCUGCUGGCUACAUUUUCAGCACACCUACAAAACCGGUCAUCUUUACGACAACAUCUCACAUGGGGUUUAGCUCUGCUAGCCAGAUUGCCAGAGUCGAAAUGUUUGUUUCUGUGUUUGGGCAUUGCAUACCGCAGCUGGCAUGCAAUAUUGUAAGUAUAGGUUAAAAAUGAGGUUAGAAGUAGCAAAGCAGGGGUGAAGGCAAUGAAGGGGAAUAUGGUUACAGUUAUGGUAAAGUAAAAGUGGCAGUUUUGAAGUAGUUGGGGUUGAUCUGCCUUACUAUGUUGUCUUCUUCAUAAGAAGACUUGGGGACAAGAGUAACAUGGCCUUCCAUGUGCCAAACACAAGGAAUGGUCUCAAUCAAACUCUCAAAAGAAUAUCCCUUUUACCCCAUUGGACCCUUUUGCCUUUGCCUUUCACUCUCUCUGUGCCUGUGAUUUUUUUUUUUUUUUUUUUCUGUUUUUUCCACCAUUCAAAUCUUUUUCAUGUAACAUGGAGGAGUCCCUUUUAGGACAGUGACCCAAUUUUUCUUUUCAUCUCAUUUCUAUUACCCUUCGGUUAUUUUUCUAGUUUAACAUGGUAUUAGAACAAAAUAGUGUAGAAGGUUUAUCAGGUUUCUCGAAUUUUGGUUUAAGAUAAUAGUUCGUACAUUGGAUACCGUGAAUGAAAUCAAUAUAUGAGCCACCAUGUUUAAUGGAGCU